AGGCCGGGCUGCGCGCGCAGCCUCGCGGUGGCUGCCUGCGGCCCGGGCUGGAGGGGAGCGCCCCGGGCCCCCUCCCCCCACCCCUCCCCCGUCACUUGAGCACAGGCUUCUCAGGCUGCACUAGGCCGCACCCCCUCCCCCUCCCCCCGAGGGGGCGGGGCCGGGGCCGGCGGGUGCCAUGGAGACGGGGGCUGGCGACGCCCCCUCGCCCCCGCCCCGCCGCAACACCCCCCGCACUGCCAAGAUGGCUGCUGGCACGCUUGUGCCAAGCACGGCCAAUGGGGCGGCAGCUGUGGGGGCCCUGGCGCGCGGGGCGGGCGACACCGCCAGGUUGGACGAGACGGCGGGCGAGCGAGAGGUCACGGCGGCCAUCAUGGAGACGACACAGGUCAACGCGGCCGUGUUGGAGGCGGCAGUGGGCAAGUGUGAGGUGAUGGCGGCCAUGUUGGAGACGACAGCGGGCAAGGACGCCGUGUUGGAGGCAACAGCGGGCAAGGACGCCGUGUUGGAGACGACAGCGGGAAAGGACGCCGUGUUGGAGGCAACAGCGGGCAAGCGUGGGGCGACAGUGGCUAUGUUGGAGGCCACAGUGAUCAACUCUGCCAUGUUGGAGGCACCGGCAGCCAUGUUGCAGACGACCGCGGGCAAUGACGCCAUGUUGGAGGCGCCAGCGGGCAAGCAUGAGGUGACGGCGGCCAUGUUGGAGACGACACAGGUCAACGCAGCCAUGUUAGAGUUGCCGGCGGGCAAGCAUGAGGCAACAGCGGCCUUCAUGGAGCCAACAGGGGUCAACGCCGCCAGGUUGGAGGCGCCAGCGGUCAUGCUGGAGGAGACUGUGGGCAAGCCUGAGGCAGUGGCAGCCACGAUGGAGGCGACAGCAGUCGAUGCAGCUACGUUGGUCAUGCCGGCGGGCAAGUGUGGAGCGAGAGCAGCCAUCUUGGAGGUUGCUGCAGCCAACAUGACCAUCUUGGAGGCUUCGGCGGCCAAUGCGGUGUCUUCUCGAGCCACCGUGCGGCCUAACACCACACCCAACCCGGAGUCUCCCUUGGCGAUGGGGGUCAAUGAAGGGUCUACACCCAAGGUGGCAUCGCCCCCGGCAGCCAUCUUGGAGCACGCGAUGGCCAACCCAGUGACAUCUCCCAUGCCAGCCACGGGCCUCGAAGUGUCAUCGGGGGCUCUUGGGGUCCCACCGGCCCCCGCCAUGUCCUUCCCGGCCCCCUUGACGCCGCCUGCGUUGCAGGUUGUGGCCCCAAGCCCAGGGACACCGGACAAGGCAUCUCCCACGGCCUCCACAGCCCUGCAGGACCUGGGGGGGUCCCUGUCCAGCCUGGGGCCCGGGAUCCCAGCCCCCCGGGCCCGGCCGGCCCCUGACACCCUGAGCUACCUGGAGUCGGUCAGCCUGAUGUCAGGGACCCUGGAGUCGCUCACGAGCCACGGGUUCCCCGACGACGCCAGCUCGCUGGGCUCCGACUCGGAGAUCAACGGCCUGGCCUAUCGCAGGACCGACAAAUACGGCUUCCUGGGGGGCGCCCAGUACUCGGAGGGCCCAGAGAGUGCCCUCCCGGUGGACGUGGCCCGGCAGCGGGAACUCAAGUGGCUAGACAUGUUUUCCCACUGGGACAAGUGGCUGUCGCGCCGGUUCCAGAAGGUGAAGCUGCGCUGCCGCAAGGGCAUCCCGUCCUCGCUCCGCGCCAAGGCCUGGCAACUGCUGUCCAAUAGCAAGGAGCUGCUGGAGCAGAACCCGGAGAAGUUUGAGGAGCUGGAGCGGCAGCCUGGUGACCCCAAGUGGCUGGAUGUCAUCGAGAAGGACUUGCACCGCCAGUUCCCUUUCCAUGAGAUGUUCGCCGCCCGUGGGGGCCACGGGCAGCAGGACCUGUACCGCAUCCUCAAGGCCUACACCGUGUACCGCCCCGAUGAGGGCUACUGCCAGGCCCAGGCCCCUGUUGCCGCCGUGCUCCUCAUGCAUAUGCCCGCAGAGCAAGCCUUCUGGUGCCUGGUGCAGAUCUGCGAGAAGUACCUGCCUGGCUACUACAGCGCAGGCCUGGAAGCGAUCCAAUUGGACGGGGAGAUCUUCUUUGCCUUGCUGCGCCGCGCCUGCCCCAUCGCCUACCGGCACCUCAAGAAGUUCAAAAUUGACCCCAUUCUGUACAUGACCGAGUGGUUCAUGUGUGUCUUCUCCCGCACUCUGCCCUGGAGCUCAGUGCUGCGCGUCUGGGACAUGUUCUUCUGCGAGGGGGUCAAGAUCAUCUUCCGCGUGGGGCUGGUGCUGCUGCGCAGCACUCUGGGCUCGGUGGACAAGCUGCGCAGCUGCCAGGGCAUGUACGAGACGAUGGAGAAGCUGCGCAACCCUCCACUGCAGUGCCUGCAGGAGGAGGUGCUGGUGCACGAGGUGGUGAGCCUGCCGGUGACAGAGGCCCUGAUCGAGCGGGAGAGUGGGGCCCAGCUCAAGAAGUGGCGGGAGACGCGGGGCGAGCUUCAGCACAAGCCCUCCCGGCGCCUGCACGGCUCACGCGCCAUCCAUGAGGAGCGCCACCGCCUCCACCCGCCCCCUGGCGCCAGCCCUGGCCUCCUUGGCCUGGCUUUCAAGCCCCGCCCCCAGCCACCUCGCCCCACCUUGGCACCCCUGGCUGCUGCUGCCGCACCCCCGGCCGCCUCAGGCCAGGUGGUCUCAGAGGGGCUGCACCCGGCCUUACCUUCCCCAACAGGCAACAACGCCCCCCUCGGGGGCCCCCACAAGGGGGCAGGGCCCCCCCAGCGGGACACAAAAGGGGUGGGCCCCGAGGACAAAAAGAAGCGCGAGAAGGAGGAGAAAGCCCGGCUGAAGCAGGAGAAGAAAAGGGAGAAAGAGCGGGAGAAGGAAGAGAAAAAGAGAGAGAAGAAGGAAAAGAAAGAGAAGAAGACUUCCUUCCGUCGCCGGGAGCCCCCGAAAUCUGGGGGCGUGGUCCCGGAGGACGGGGAGCCCGGGGCAGGUGGAUCCACGCUGCAGGACACUUACUUCUGAACUCUUCCCCUGCCCCCCGGGGAUACAGGAGGGGCAGGAGGGGUGACGGACCAAUUUUGGGGAGAUCAGGGGCUGAGGAGACUCAUGGGAAACCAUUUUGGGGUCCCUCAGCUCCUGGCGGCCACCCAUCCCCCAAUGUUUUUCACCCCCUUGCUUCUCACUAUGCCAAAUGAGUCGUUUUCACUCCUCGUUGAACCAAGGUCAUUCCCAUCUUGCCCAGGAUGGCUUCAUUAACCAAGAUGGUGUCCAUCUGCUAACAUGGCUCCUCAGCUUCUCUUCUUAGCCAAGAUGGCUUCCCUCAUCCAAUAGGGCUCCUGCCUCAUUAACCAAGAUGGCUUCCCUCAUUUAAGAUGCCUUCUAUCUCAUCCAGGAUGGCUUACCUACUCAGUCGAGAUGGCUUCUCUUCUUCAAUAUGGCUACCAUCUCAUCCAGGAUGGUUUUGUUAACCAGGAUAACUUCCCUUAUCCAAUAUGGCUCCUGGCUUCCCUACUCAACUGAGAUGGCAUCCCUCAUCCAAUAUGGCUCCCGAUUCAACCAGAAUGACUUCAUUAACCAAGGCAGCUCCCAUCUCAUCCAGAAUGGUUUCCUUCCUCCAAUGUGGCUCUCAUUUCAUCCAAGAUGGCUUCUCUCAUCCAAUAUGGCUCCCAUCUCAUCCAGAAUGGCUUUCCUACUCAACCAAGAUGGCGUCCGUUCUCCAGUUCAACAUGGGUUCCCUCAGCCAAUAUGGCUCCCAUCUUGUCCAUCCUGGCUUCCCUGCUUACCCAAGAUGGCUUCCCUGCCUCCAAUAAUGGUUCCAUUUCAUCUGGGAUGGCUUGCUGCUUACCCAAGAUGGCUUCCCUCCCUCUCUUUCCCCCAGGAGGGGGUCCCAUCUGAUCCAAAAUGGCUCCCUCAUCAACCAAGAUGGCCGCCAUCUCCUCCUCCCCACCAAUGGGGAGGGGGGCGGAGGUCCAGGUACAUCACCCCCUUUCCCGAAGGGCUACUGGGGCAUUGCCCCACCCCCGCCCCAGUCUUAACGAGGAGAUAAUUGUAUUAAUAAUAGUAACCCAAUGAGGCCCCGCCCCUGUUUGUAAAUAGGCCCCGCCUCCCUCCUUAAACUAUUUAACCAGUUUCAUCCCACCUCCUCCCCACAAUCCCUAGCGACAGAACGCUCCUCCUUUGCACUGAUAUUGGCCCCCAGGGGUACCAAUAAAGUUUUAUUUGCCCCGUCCCUGAACCUGUUGUCUGCCAAUGUGGCUCUCGAUAAAGUUCAUUGGUUCUUGAGGAAGGGGGCAGGGCCUGGCUGGGCAGCCUGCUGUUCACUGAUUGGGCUCCCGAUAAAGUUUGUCCAUUCUCGUAGCGGGCGGGCUGGACUAGGCCCCCUUGUUCCCCAAGAGGGCGCUGGGCGAGGUUCAUUGGGCGGCCGGCUCGAGACGUUUUGUCCGGCCUUGCGCUUCCGGAUUGAACGUCAAGUGUUCUUGCCCGCCGACAGCAUGCCCGCUGGCUUCCUCGUCGGGGGCGCUCUGUCAACGUGCUGCCCGCCGACGGUGCGUCCUCAUUGGACGGUGAACUUUAUCGCCUCCCGACAGCGCGUCCAUCUGUACGCUUCCUGAGCGCCUCAGAUGGUGUGCCCUCAUUGGCUGAGGACUUUAUUCCCCCUGUCCCCCUUGUUUGGGCGGGGAAGUUUCCCAACACUCCCUGUUCCCCAACAGCAGCCCUCCCCAGGAAGUUGGGGGUGGGCUUUAUUGAGGCCUAGCUGCUGGCCAAUGAGGAGCUUGCCCCUCCCCCAAAACGUAACUGGAAACCCUGCCCUCAGCUCUGGGAGCUCACCUGGCAUGGUCACAGCUGUGAGAGGGGAGUGGGGGCUGAUGGGAUAGCUCAGGGCCUGGGAGGCCAGAUGUCUGGGUUCUGUGCCCCUGCGUCCCAUGUAUAUACGUGUCUUUACACAUAUAUUAUAUAUAUGUCUCCAUAUUGUAAUUAUGUAUACUCCGCCAUGACUUAAUUUAAAGGGACAGACACUGGAAGUCAUUGACCUCACCCCCUUUGACCCCAAUAUCAUUUGACCCCCGCCCCCGUGCCCCAGGCAGGCACAUCAGGACACGCGAUGUUUACAUGAUACGUCCUUUAUUUCCUCUCCCCCCGCCUCGGAGAUGUUCUGAUUUUUAUUUCUGCCCCCCCCAUCCCUCCCCUUUCGUGCCUAUUCUCCCAUCCAUUGGUUUAUCUUUUUGUUCUGUCGCUUGGGUUUCAAAAGGUUCGUUAACAAAAAAACAAGGAAAAAAAUACAAACGAUAUGAAAGAACCAA